AUGCUUUUUUCUACUGUUGCAGCUUGGCUGUUGUGUGUCGUUCAUAGCUCAUCUGCGUGCAAAACAGACGAUCUGAAGCUCGCAGUAUCUACAUUAAACCUGCGCCUAUCCGAAGCUGCCACCAUUACCUUCCCAUGGGAUACCCGUUGGAACGAUCUCCAAGUCCGUGGCUCUUCUCCACGCAUAUCUCCCGACUACAACGUGGUGGUUGAGGUAGCGACAGAGUCCGACGUGCAAACAACGGUCGCAUUGGCCAGUCGUCUCAACAUCCCGUUUUUGGCCGUGACAGGGGGCCAUGGAUGGACCAAAACGCUCAAUAAGCUGCCCUAUGGUAUUCAGAUUAACAUGCGGAAGCUGAACACUACGACACUCAGUCAAAAUGGAAAAACUGCGAUGGUUGGAGGCGGAACUAUGCAACACGAAAUCACUCGCUCGUUGUUCGCCUUGGGCAAGUAUGCAGUUACUGGGCUUUCGGCAUGUGUGUCGGUUGCGGGCCCAUUGUUAGGCGGCGGUCACAGUCUGCUCCAGAACCAACAUGGCUACUCCCUAGACGGUCUUGUUUCUGCGCGCGUAGUUCUAGCCAGCGGAAAAGUUGUAGAAGCCUCUCGGACAACAAAUGCCGACUUGUUCUGGGCCCUGCAAGGAGCAGGACAUAAUUUUGGUAUUGUGACCAGCCUUGAGGUCCAGACCUACGAUAUCCCUUCCAACUGGACUGUCUACUCACUCGUUUUCACGACCGACAAGGUUGAGGCGCUCUUCCAGCUGAUCAACGAGUUUGAAGAGCCGGCUAUGAAACGUCCCGCGAAGCUAGCGCUUACAGGAGUGUUCGUGAGGAUACCUGCUGUCGAUCCCAUCAAUCCAGUUGUCGCAUACAAUAUAAUAUACGAGGGCACGGAAGCGGAAGCUGAACCAUACGCCUUACGUUUCAAAGCGCUCGGUCCAGUAUCAACCACAGUAUCGACGGACGUCGACUACGUAGAGCUUUAUACGGUGACUGGAAACAAUCUUCAAAGCCAAGCUUGUACGAGGAACGAGAAUAUUGCAGGAGCCGGCGUCUCGCUACCUGCUUGGGAUCUUGAAGGUGUCCGUAAAGCAUUCACAAUAUUCGGUAACAUCACAGCGGAUCCCCGCUUUAAUACUUCCAUUACCUUGCUGGAGAACUACGGCAUGCAAGGUGUACGGGCUGUUGAAGCAGCUUCCACGGCAAUGCCACCCGAGGAACGUGAGUAUCCAAUCCUCGCGUCUCCAGUGCUGUGGUGGGCUGGCGAUGAUGCGCAGACGACCAAAGACGCCUAUGCAUAUACACGUGCGAUGCGCAAUGCGCUGUAUACGGGCCUUGACAAGAGCAACAAAAAACGACACUGCUAUGUGAAUUACGCUAGUGGGGAGGAGAGUAAGCCCGAGAUGUAUGGAUACGAUGAUAGGCUUACGAAGUUAGCCAAGCUGAAGAAUGAGUGGGAUCCAGAGAACAGGUUCGGGUUUUAUAACCCGAUAGUGUAG